AUGGUUGCUGAUGUAAGGCCAUGUUUGUUACACCGGACUGGCCAGGUCAGGACAGGAUACAGUCCCAGUCCGGUGUUUGGGAAGCAAAUUGGAAAACGGGACAAACUUAUCCUAUUGAUCAGCUUAUCCCCCUUGAAGGGGACUGACCUGACCCAUCGAAAUACUUGGGUCACUUUUGUCCUGCUCUCUCGAAGAAGCUCUCGUCCUCCCACUAGAAGGUGUCUCUCACCGGACUGUUCGCCGCCUCUCUUCGAUUUCUCGCCGAACCGUUCUCCACCUCUCCCCGAUUUGAAACACCCGGGCUUCGAUUUGCGAGGAAGAAGGCUUAAUUUUUUGUCUACAUCUACAGGUCUUGAAUAUCCGAAACUACUGAGAAUUUGGAAGAUCACUGGGUUGAAGCUGUCAUUAGAUAGCCUUGAGAAGGAAAGGGAUUUCUACUUUGCUAAGUUGAGGGAUAUUGAGAUACUAUGUCAAAGUCCUGAAAUAGAACACCUUUUGGUUGUUGAAGCUAUAAAAAUGAUUCUAUAUGCUACAAAUGAUGAUGCAACAGUGGUAGCUGAAGCUCAAGCCAUGGUGUCCCACCACCUAAAGGAAGCAGAGCCCUUGAGUCCCAUCGCUGAGGUGAAAAAACGAGUUCAGAAGCUCAGAAGAGGAAUGCUAUUAUUAAUGUUGAUUUUCAUGAUGCUGGAAUCACAACAUUGUCUCCAAGGCAAAGGAUUUCUGAUACUUCUGAUGUUCAUUGUAGUGGAUCGGCUCUCAUGACCUACUAGAUUGUUUUUCUAUGUCAUAUGUUCAAAAAGACCAAUAUAGUGUUGUAGUAAAACAAUGUUAAUAAUGGACCUAGAAUUUAUAUACUUUAUGAGAGCAGCUUCUGCUUUUGUAUGUUUGUUUUGUCUACUUAUGAUACGUUAUAAGAAAUUAAUUAUUUAUCUAAUUUUGGCUCAUGAGAUAAACUUAUGGUUUUAUAUAGCAAAGUGAUGGCUGCGGUUUUUAUAUUUCAUUGUUGCUUUGCAAGGCAAAACGUGAAGCACACAAAACAUUCAGAUGAAUUAAUUAAAAAUAAACCUAGUGUUUCUUAUAAAAAACAAUAAAUAAAACAGAUUCUUCUGAAGAUUUUGUUUUUUUUUGGUAAAUUGAGUGGAAAUUUGUUUCUUCAAUUAAAUUGCUUGGUUUUUCUAUGUUGGAAAUACC